GCGGGCGAUUUGGAGGAAUGGCGGGCGUUCGGCCUUCCAGUUGUUGCAAGGGAUGCUCUUCUGCAAGCUGUACGUGUGGCGGUGACAAGGGCAAGUGGAGCGACUCCUCUCUGUUGGGCAGGCGGCUCGCGGAAGACUCGAACCGUCACCAGCUGCUGCAGAAGUGGGCAAACAUGUGGAACUCCGUGAGCGCGGACGCGUCGGUGGCCUGUACAGAGGCGACGCGGCGCGAGGAGGCUGCGGAACCCGCCGAGGAGGAGGACAGGCCGCUGGUGUUUCUGUGCUCCGGCUGCAGGCGGCCGCUGGGCGACUCGCUGAGCUGGGUGACGAGCCAGGAGGACACCAACUGCAUCCUGCUGCGCUGUGUUUCCUGUAAUGUUUCUGUGGAUAAGGAACAGAUACUAUCCAAACGUAAAAAUGAAAAUGGUUGCAUUCUGGAGGCCCUCUCCUGCACGGGGUGCUCGCUCAGGCUUGGCUACGUGUACAGGUGCACACCCAAGAGCCUAGACUACAAGAGAGACUUGUUUUGCCUCAGUGUGGAAGCCAUUGAAAGUUAUAUUUUAGGGUCCUCGGAAAAGCAAAUUGUGUCAGAAGAUAAAGAACUUUUUAAUCUCGAAAGCAGAGUUGAAAUAGAAAAGUCUCUAAAGCAGAUGGAAGAUGUUUUGAAAGCCUUACAAACGAAGCUGUGGGAGGUUGAAUCAAAAUUGUCCUUUACCAGUUGCAAAAACUGAAAUCUUCUAAGUGCCCCACUCUGGACUCCCUGCUGAUGGACACUUCUUUCAUAUGUAGCGAUUCUGGUUAUUAUUUCAUUUCACCUAGAAUGGAAGGAAUUCUAAAGGGCUGUGUGUGUAUUCUCUUGUUUUGAUCAAGUGAGAAGAAUUGUAGAACUACUUUACAGUAUAAUAAAUGGUAAAGAGAUGGUUAUUUCCUGAA